AUGGUUGAUCCGCUAAAACUAUUCUGGGUAAUUACCAACAGCACCUACUUAGUUACGAAAUUCAUCCGUAUUGGAAUAGCUGACAAGAACGACAAUCCGCCUUACUUCGACAAAGGCCUCUAUGAGGCUGAAGUAGACGAAAAUGAGGACAUACAGCAUACGGUUCUCACUGUUACCGCCAAAGAUCACGACGAGUCCUCGCGUAUUCGAUACGAGAUUACGAGCGGUAACUUAGGCGGUGCAUUCGCCGUGAAGAAUAUGACUGGCGCCAUUUACGUCGCAGGUGCAUUGGAUUACGAGACGAGGAAAAGGUACGAGCUUCGCCUUACCGCCUCGGACAACUUAAAAGAAAAUCACACGACGGUCGUAAUACACGUGAAGGAUGUAAACGACAAUCCGCCUGUCUUCGAGCGUCCAAAUUACAGGACGCAGAUCACCGAGGAAGACGACAGAACUCUGCCGAAACGUGUCCUAGGGGUCACGGCAACCGAUGGCGACAAGGACAGACCACAAAAUAUUGUGUACUUCUUAACGGGUCAGGGAAUCGAUCCCGAUAACCCAGCGAACAGCAAAUUCGAUAUAAACCGCACCAGCGGAGACAUCUACGUCCUACAGCCAUUGGACAGGGAUCAACCGAAUGGAAGGCCGCAGUGGCGAUUCACAGUGUUUGCUCAAGACGAAGGGGGCGAAGGUUUGGUCGGUUACGCUGAUGUUCAGGUGAACUUAAAGGACAUCAACGACAACGCGCCGACCUUCCCGCAGGGUAUCUACUUCGGCAAUGUCACCGAAAAUGGCACAGCAGGAAUGGUCGUAAUGACGAUGACGGCGAUCGACUACGACGACCCGAGCGAAAGCACAAACGCUAAACUAUCUUAUUCGAUUGAGAAGAACGUUAUCGAAGAAGAGACUGGUUUACCGAUUUUCGAAAUCGAAUCGGACACUGGCGUGAUAAAAACGGCGGUAUGCUGCUUGGACAGAGAACGCACCCCGGAUUAUUCUAUACAGGUCGUUGCAAUGGAUGGAGGGGGGUUAAAGGGGACGGGGACGGCAUCGAUACGAGUGAAAGAUAUAAACGACAUGCCUCCUCAAUUUACAAAAGACGAAUGGUUCACCGAAGUGGACGAGACGGAGGGUCCAGAUUUGCCGGAAAUGCCAAUUCUUACGGUCACUGUUCACGACGAAGACGAAACCAACAAGUUCCAAUACAAGGUAAUCGAGAACAGUGGUUACGGCGCCGAUAAGUUCACCAUGGUGAGAAACAACGAUGGUACAGGAUCUCUGAAGAUCGUUCAAUCGCUGGAUUACGAAGACCUAUUGCAGAGCAACGGUUUCAGAUUUCGGAUACAGGUCAACGACAGGGGCGAAGACAAUGACAACGACAAGUAUCAUGUUGCCUAUUCGUGGGUUGUCGUAAAGCUCCGCGAUAUAAACGAUAAUCAACCGCAAUUCGAGAAGGCGAAUAUCGAGACCACCGUACCAGAGAAUGCUCACAUUGGAAACGACCUCGAAACGUUCAUCGCUACCGAUCCCGAUCAAGGUGGCAAGAGCAAAGUGUUUUACUCGAUCGACAGGACUUCCGAUCGUAAACGGCAAUUUUCGAUCAACGAGAAUGGCACAGUAUCGAUCCAAAGGAGUCUAGAUCGAGAAGAAACACCGCGACACCAGGUGAAAAUCUUAGCGAUUGACGACGGUAUCCCGCCAAAAACGGCGACGGCCACGUUGACCGUGAUUGUUCAAGACAUAAACGACAAUCCACCGAGAUUCCUGAAAGAUUAUCGGCCUGUGCUGCAGGAGCAUAUACAGCCGAAAAAAGUGGUCGAGAUCCAGGCGACCGACGACGACGACCGUUCGAAGAGUAACGGUCCGCCGUUCACGUUCAGAAUGGACCCUAAAGCGGACGAUGUGAUUCGUGCUAGUUUCAAAGUUGAGAGCGAUACCAAGGGGGCGAACGGGGACGGAAUGGCCAUUGUUUCGUCGUUACGGACGUUCAACAGAGAACAACAGAAGGAGUAUUUGGUACCGAUCGUUAUCAAGGACUCCGGGACUCCUUCGAUGUCUGGGACCAGUACCUUAACGAUCAUUAUCGGGGACACUAACGACAACAAAAUGCAGCCCGGAUCGAAAGACAUUUUUGUAUAUAACUAUGCAGGACAAUCGCCAGACACCGAAAUAGGAAGGGUUUAUGUGUACGAUUUGGACGACUGGGAUUUACCGGAUAAACAGUUCUACUGGGAAGGUCUGGAGCAUGCACAGUUCAAGGUGGACGGUGACACCGGUAUGAUUUAUAUGAAAUCGGGCACGCAUGACGGCAGAUACCACUUACGCUUCAAAGUGUACGACCGGAAACACACGCAGACGGAGAUUCCCGCCAACGUUACCGUCACCGUGAAGACCAUUCCUUACGAAGCUGUGCUGAAUUCUGGAUCGGUCAGGAUAUCCGGUAUAACGGACGAGGACUUCAUUCGCGUUUGGGAUUACAAGUCUCAAACAUUGUCGCGCAGCAAGGCGGAAUUAUUCCGUGAAAAGCUGGCACAUUUAUUGAACAUCGAUAGAGACAAUGUCGACGUGUUCAGCGUUCAAUUACGAAGGAUGCACCCUCCGUUAACGGACGUCAGAUUCGCAGCUCAUGGAUCACCGUAUUACAAACCUGUUAGGUUGAAUGGAAUCGUGUUGAUGCAUCGUGAAGAGAUCGAGAAAGAGGUGGGAAUCAAUAUAACAAUGGUGGGCAUCGACGAGUGUGACGUACUCACCGAGUGUACAUGUGGAGCACGGAAUUUCAGCAAAGGGGAGUCUUGCAGAAGCAGCCCUUGUUACAACGGCGGCCGUUGCGUGGAAGGUCGAUUUGGAUUAUCAUGUCAAUGUCCCGCUGGAUACAAUGGACCAAGGUGUCAACAGACCGCGAGAAGCUUCCGUGGAAACGGUUGGGCCUGGUACCCCGCGUUGGAGAUGUGUGACAGUAGCCAUUUGAGCUUCGAGCUCAUUACGAAAAAACCUGACGGUCUACUUUUGUACAACGGACCCAUUGUUCCUCCUGAAGCUGAUGAAAUUAUGGUUUCCGACUUCAUAUCCGUCGAGUUGGAGCGUGGAAUACCUCGUCUCUUAAUCGACUUCGGAUCCGGUACUCUGGAGUUAAAAGUGAAAACCAAUAAAACAUUGGACGACGGUGAAUGGCACAGGCUUGACAUCUUCUGGAACACAGAGACGGUGAAGCUGAUCAUCGAUUACUGCAAGUCCGCGAACAUCUCCGAAGCUGAAGACGGUACGCCACCUGAAUUCAACGACACCAGCUGUCAAGCUCAGGGCACCAUACCGCCGUUCAACGAAUACCUGAACGUGAACGCGCCCCUUCAGAUCGGUGGCUUGUACGUCGAGCAAUUCGACCCGACCCACUACAAAUGGAAGCACAUGCCUGUUGGCAAGGGUUUCGAGGGCUGCAUCAAGAAUCUCUUCCACAACAGCAAACUCUACGAUCUGGCUCAUCCAGGCCUCUCGAGGAACAGCGUGGCCGGCUGCCCCCAGACCGAAGAGGUCUGCAACAACCAAGAGUCCACCUUCCGUUGCUGGGAGCACGGCACUUGCGUGGGAAGCUUCACAGAAGCCAGAUGUCAGUGCAAUCCAGGAUGGACCGGCCCAGGAUGCAUGACGCCCACCGUACCGACCAUGUUCAGAUCACAGAGUUACGUUAAAUACGCCCUGUCCUUCGAGCCGGAUAAAUAUUCCACUCAGGUGCAACUAAGGUUCCGUACCAGGGAGGUUCACGGGGAGCUAUUCAGAGUCAGCGAUCAGCACAACAGGGAAUACGCUAUCUUGGAGAUCAAGGAUAGCAGGCUGCAUUUCCGGUACAAUUUGAACAACUUGAGGACCGAGGAACGUGAUAUUUGGCUGACCGCGAUAGCCGUCGACGAUGGACAAUGGCACACCGUUCGAGUAUCGAGAUACGGAUCGGCCGCGACCUUGGAAUUGGACGGCGGCGAAGGAAGAAGAUUCAACGAGACCUUCUCCUUCGAGGGCCACCAGUGGCUAAUGGUUGACAAACAGGAGGGCGUUUACGCGGGUGGCAAAGCGGAAUACACAGGUGUCAGGACGUUCGAGGUGUACGCUGAUUACCAGAAAGGAUGUCUCGAUGACAUAAGACUAGAAGGAAAGCACCUGCCCCUACCGCCAGCGAUGAACGGAACACAAUGGGGUCAGGCGACGAUGGCCAGGAAUCUCGAAAGAAAUUGCCCGUCGAAUAAACCCUGCGCCGAUGUGAUUUGCUCAGAUCCAUUCGAGUGCAUCGAUCUCUGGAAUGAACACGUUUGCACAUGUGGAGAAGGAAGAAUUCCGUCGCCUGAUAAUAAAGGAUGUAUGGACAAAAACGAAUGUAUCGAUUAUCCUUGCUUAAACGGCGGAAGAUGCAUCAAUCAGGAUCCUCGGUUGCGAUACAGAUGCAUUUGUCCUGAUGGAUUCUGGGGGGAGAAUUGCGAGCUCGUACAAGAAGGUCAAACACUGAAGCUCAGCAUGGGUGCUCUGGCAGCCAUUUUGGUCUGUCUGCUGAUUAUUCUAGUACUCGUCCUAGUAUUUGUUGUUUACAAUAGAAGAAGAGAGUCUCACAUCAAGUAUCCUGGCCCUGACGACGACGUGAGAGAAAAUAUUAUUAACUACGACGACGAGGGUGGCGGAGAAGACGACAUGACUGCAUUCGACAUUACACCACUGCAAAUUCCUAUCGGUGGACCGAUACCGGAAAUGGGUGGAAAAUUGCCACCGUGUAAAGUACCAUUUUAUCCCGUGGGACCGGAAUCAAAUGUGGGUAACUUCAUCGAAUUUCAUAAAAAGAGGGCCGACAGCGAUCCGAACGCACCACCGUUCGACGAUUUACGAAAUUACGCUUACGAAGGUGGCGGAAGUAUCGCGGGCUCAUUGUCAUCGAUAGCUUCCGGUACGGACGACGAGCAGCACGAUUACGAGCACUUAACCACCUGGGGGCCGAGAUUCGACAAGCUGGCCGACAUGUACGGUCCCGCGGAGGAGAGCGAGGAAGAGGAAUAAGCGACAAGCACGAAAA